GGUAGCCCGGGGCGGGAGCCAAUCAGAGCGCAGCUUUGCCGCGACGAUGGCGCGAAGCUGAGACGUCAUCGGUGAGCGUCAACCGCUGUCGGGAAGCGACUCGCCUAGAAACCGUCUUGCCGGCUGGGAAGAGGUCUCGGCAUGUCUCUGGCAGAUGAGCUUCUGGCUGACCUUGAGGAAGCGGCGGAAGAGGAGGAAGGAGGAAGCUAUGGGGAGGAAGAAGAGGAGCCGGCGAUCGAGGAUGUGCAGGAGGAGACACAGCUGGAUCUUUCCGGGGAUUCGGUCAAGAGCAUCGCCAAGCUGUGGGACAGCAAGAUGUUUGCUGAGAUCAUGAUGAAGAUCGAGGAGUAUAUCAGCAAGCAAGCCAAAGCUUCAGAAGUGAUGGGACCAGUCGAGGCGGCCCCUGAAUACCGGGUCAUCGUGGACGCUAACAACCUGACCGUGGAGAUCGAGAACGAACUGAACAUCAUCCACAAGUUCAUCCGGGAUAAGUACUCAAAGCGAUUCCCCGAACUGGAGUCCCUGGUCCCCAACGCACUGGAUUACAUCCGCACAGUCAAGGAGCUGGGCAACAGCCUGGACAAGUGCAAGAACAACGAGAACCUGCAGCAGAUCCUGACCAACGCCACCAUCAUGGUCGUCAGCGUCACUGCCUCCACCACCCAGGGGCAGCAGCUGUCGGAGGAGGAGCUGGAGCGGCUCGAGGAGGCCUGUGACAUGGCACUGGAGCUAAACGCCUCCAAGCACCGCAUCUACGAGUACGUGGAGUCUCGGAUGUCCUUCAUCGCGCCCAACCUCUCCAUCAUCAUCGGGGCGUCCACAGCCGCAAAGAUCAUGGGGGUGGCUGGGGGCCUGACCAACCUCUCCAAGAUGCCCGCCUGCAACAUCAUGCUGCUUGGGGCCCAGCGCAAGACGCUGUCUGGCUUCUCGUCCACCUCUGUGCUGCCCCACACUGGCUACAUCUACCACAGCGACAUCGUGCAGUCUCUGCCCCCGGAUCUCCGACGGAAAGCGGCCCGGCUGGUGGCCGCCAAGUGCACGCUGGCAGCCCGCGUGGACAGUUUCCACGAGAGCACAGAGGGGAAGGUGGGCUACGAGCUGAAGGACGAGAUCGAGCGGAAGUUUGACAAGUGGCAGGAGCCACCCCCUGUGAAGCAGGUAAAGCCGCUGCCUGCGCCCCUGGACGGGCAGCGCAAGAAGCGAGGCGGCCGCAGGUACCGCAAGAUGAAGGAGCGGCUGGGGCUGACCGAGAUCCGGAAGCAGGCCAACCGCAUGAGCUUUGGAGAGAUCGAGGAGGACGCCUACCAGGAGGACCUGGGCUUCAGCCUGGGCCAUCUGGGCAAAUCAGGCAGCGGGCGGGUACGGCAGACACAGGUGAACGAGGCCACCAAAGCCAGGAUCUCCAAGACACUGCAGCGGACACUGCAGAAGCAGAGUGUGGUGUACGGAGGGAAGUCCACCAUCCGCGACCGUUCCUCAGGGACAGCCUCCAGUGUGGCCUUCACCCCACUCCAGGGCCUGGAGAUUGUGAACCCGCAAGCAGCCGAGAAGAAGGUGGCCGAGGCCAACCAGAAGUAUUUCUCCAGCAUGGCCGAGUUCCUCAAGGUCAAGGGCGAGAAGAGCGGCAUCAUGUCCACCUGAGGGACUGUACCCAGGUGGCUGCCCCUGAAGCUACGGGCCCUGCCCUUCUGAAGGGACCCGGGUCAGGAUCGGGCUGGGAGUGUCCCUCAGCAGCCCCGUGCCAGGACUGUCCGAGGAGGCAUGGGAGGAGCCGGCCCCCUGAGCGCCAAGACGGCCUCCCCAUCUUGGGGGAUAGAGCCAGUCUUCAUCACGCUUCAUCUUUUUUACCUAGAAAGGGAGAUACUUUUGGAAAAAGUGCAAUUAAAAGCACAUUAUCAGGUUCUGUU